ACCGGUCGAACCGCCAUGGCAUCGUCAGAUAUACUUGUAUCAGCAUUUCAUUUUACGAAGCCUCUCAAAACCCUACUUUCACCAAAACCCUUACUCUCUACAACCACCGCCAUGGCAUCGUCGCUAAUUCUCCUCCGCCGUAGCCUGAGAUCACUCUCCGGCAUCCACCACUCCUUCUCAGCUACUGCGACUUCGCUUUCGGUCCCAAUUACCGGUUCUAUUUCAUCACAUUUUUCACUUUCGAAAUCCCCAAACGUAGUCGACGGCAUUCAAUCCCGUUCAUUCAGAUCAACCUCGAUUUCUCUCUUGUCUUCUCGCUACGGAGAGACAUCAGAACUCAGUCCAGAGAUUGGUCCUGACACCAUCCUCUUCGAAGGUUGCGAUUACAAUCACUGGCUCUUCGUUUGUGAUUUUCCCAGAGAUAACAAACCUCCACCUGAAGAAAUGAUUCGUAUUUAUGAAGAAACUUGUGCCAAGGGUCUCAAUAUCAGUGUGGAAGAGGCGAAGAAGAAGAUUUAUGCUUGCAGUACAACCACUUACACUGGAUUUCAAGCUGUUAUGACUGAAGAAGAGUCCAAGAAAUUUGAAGGUAUUCCCGGAGUUAUCUUUGUGUUGCCAGAUUCUUACAUUGACCCUGUGAACAAGCAGUAUGGAGGAGAUCAGUACAUUGAAGGACAAAUCAUCCCUCGACCUCCACCAGUACAAUUUGGGAGAAAUCUAGGAGGAAGACGAGACUAUCGGCAAAAUAAUCAAUUGCCUAACAAUCGAGGGAAUCCCUCUUACAACAAUCGGGAUUCCAUGCCAAGGGAUGGUAGAAACUAUGGACCUCCACAAAAUUUUCCACCUCAACAGAACCAUGGCCAAGCAUCACACAUUCCUCCACAACAAAACAUUGGCCAACAACAACCAAAUAUCCGGAUUGAUUCAACAUCGCAGCGUUUUCCACCCCAGCAAAGCUAUGAUCAAGCAUCACAGCGUUAUCCACCCCAACAGAGCUAUGAUCAAGCAUCACAAGGUUAUCUACCCAAACAAAACUAUGGUCAAGCUCCACAAAAUUAUUCAGCCCCUCAAGCGCCACAAAAUUAUUCCCAACAGCAAACCUAUGGUCCUGCUUCGCCACAGUAUCCACCACAGCAGAGCUUUGGUCCACUGGGAGAAGGAGAAAGAAGAAAUUAUGCGCCACAGCAGAACUUUGGACCACCGGGAGAAGUAGACAGAAGAAAUUAUGCGCCGCAGCAGAACUUUGGCCCGCCAAGACAAGGAGAAAGAAGAAAUUAUGUGCCACAGCAGAACUUUGGACCACCGGGACAGGGAGAAAGAGGAAACUCUGUGCCUAGUGAAGGUGGAUGGGAUUUCAAACCAUCAUAUAUGGAGGAAUUUGAACAAGGCCAGAAGGGGAAUAAUCAUGCUGAAGAACAGAAGGAGUCCCAACAAAGAUUUCCGCCUCCUGGCCCUGGCAAUUUUACUGGAGAGGGAAGAUAUUGAUAGUAGUUUGGGACCUCAUGGGAGGCCUUUGCUGAAGUUACCAAAUUGCAUUCUAAGUUGAUUGCAUGUCCUUGCCAAUGGGGUCAAUAAUUGAAUCUAUUGAUUUAUCAUUGUAUAUCUGUCCAUGUUCUGUUUUCAUUUACAAAGAAUGUGGUAUGUAGGCUCUUACCAGCUGCUUGCCUGCUUUUGUUAAAAUGUUUGAACUGGUUUAUGUUUGAACUAGGACAUUGUUUGUGACAAUGUGUUCAUCUCUAUCUUUAACUUAUAUGUUAUCCUUUAUAAUUUGCACUACUAAAAAA